AUGAGUUUGCUUGCCCCCCGCCGCCUCUCGCUGUGCUCCUCAGGCGGGGCGUUGCUGCAGCAGCAGCAGCAACGGCUGCUGCUGCUGCAGCAGCAGCCUCUGCUGCAGCAGCAGCAGCAGCAGCAUCAUCGUCAUCAGCAGCAGCAGCAGCAGAAGCACCAGCAGCAGCAGCAGCAAGAACACUUGCUGCUGCAGCAGCAAAGGUCUUCAGGUGUAUGUACACCCCUGCUGCAGCCCCCCCGAUGCUUGCUGCCUCCCCUCACGCUGUCUUCAGGUGUAUGUACACCCCUGCUGCAGCCCCCCCGAUGCUUGCUGCCUCCCCUCACGCUGCUGCAGCAGCAGCAGCAGCAGCAGCUAUUGCUGCAGCAGCACCAGCAGCAGCAGCAGCAGCAGCAGCAGCAGCAGCAGCAGCGAUAUAUAUCUAGCUUUCGCCGCAGCAUGCUGCGCAUGCAAUGGCCGCUUCUUCGUGCCGAGAUGACAGCCUUCUUCCAGCAGCAGCAGCAGCAGCAGCAGCAGCAGCAGCAGCAGCAGCAGCAGCAGCAGCAGCAGGAUAAAGUGUUUAAGGCCCGUUUAUUUCGUCUUCAUUUUGGGGGUUUAGUUGAGGAGGCGCUCGUUAAGGAAGUCAAAGCAGACCCAGGGGUGUAUAGGCAGCUGCUGGGGUGUAUAGGCAGAUGCUCGGGUGUAUAG